GCUCGCGGCUCGCCUCGUCCCCACGAGUCCACGACAUCAUCACCCCCAUGCUGCUGCCGCCGCAUCCCAGUUCCCUCGCGCCGCUCCGCGCCAGCUCCUCCUCCUUCGGCGCGCACCUCCGCCUUCCCUUCCCGUCGUGUCCUUCCCCUGCGCCGCUCCUCUCACGGAGUCCGCUUCCCCGAUGGCCUCCGCCGCUCCGCGCCCUCGCCUCCGGCGCGCCCGUCCGCCGCGGCGGCGUCUUCGGGCUGGACGCGCUUCUUUCGACCGCGGAGCUGCUCUGCCUCGCGCCGCCGGCAAUCUGCUCGGUGGUCUGCGCCGCGCGCCUCGUCUUCUCGUCGGGUAGCGCCAGCGCCGGGCCGCCACCGUUAGCCGGCGGGAGGUUGCUGGUCCUGCAGUACGUGCUCUUAGUGGGCGCGGUGGCGAUCGGGAGCCUGAUACGGAGGAGGCAGUCAGAGCGGCUUCGCCCGGGGGGCGGUGCUAAAGAUGGGAUCAGGGCGGGAUUGGUGGAGAGGGUGGAGAAGGUUGAGGAGAGUGUGAGGAGGAUGGUGGCGGCCGUUGGUGUGCUGUCAAGGACCGUUGAGAAGCUCGGUGUCAGGUUUAGGGUGUUGCGGAGGACAUUGAGGGAUCCUAUCAGUGAGACAGCAGCUUUAGCCCAGAAGAAUUCUGAAGCCACCUGUAUACUAGCUGCACAAGAAGUCCUUCUAGAAAAAGAAAUUGGCGCAAUUCAGAAGGUGCUAUAUGCAAUGCAGGAACAACAGCAAAAGCAACUUGACCUGAUCCUUGCAAUUGGGGAAGCAAGCACGAUACUAGAUGGUGAACAAGACAUGCUAGACCGGGACAGUGCUAGAUCUUCCAGCGUUGAUCCAGCUCCAGAGAUAGAGAACAAACAGGCAAAAAUAAGCUCGGGAGCUGUUACAUGUGGCAACAACAAACCCUGAUUAUCUCAUCUGAAAUGGAAACAAGAAGCAUCCAGGAUAGACCUUCGAUUGUGUUUUACCUGACAUUGUGAAACGCGGAUGGUUACAGCACCACGGCAUAAAUGAUAAUGCUUUGCAGCGUUUGGAUAGCAUAGCACUCGCAAAUACAGGCCAGAAAACUAAUGCUUAGCAUGGGAUUUGUACAGGGCAAGUUGGUUUAGUCACAAGAUUCCGUAAAAAUCUGUUUGGUGACCUAAUGUUUCAUUUGGUCAUUGAUCCCGACCGAAUGUUACGGCUUUGUACUAACUACAUCCGGGUCAUUGAUGACAUCCAAAUGCUGAUUGAUACGGACAUCGUCGAUCAAGGACUAAUUUGGUUUGGUCGUGUAAAUGUGUAUGAUGUGCAAUAAUUCAUGGUUGUCGGUGUUUGCUUUUCAAGCAUUGACGCCUGUACCGAUGUA